UCACUCCACGCAGUCCUACCGGCGCGGCCUAACGUGUGCUGAGUUACUUUCACGUUUGCAAACAAAAAACCGCGGGAAACCUCGAGAAAUCUUGCAUAUUUCGCAGAAACGCGACAAAGAUAGUUUAUAAACAGUUAUGAUGUGUUCAAAAAAAGGUUAAGAAAAUUUUGAAUUUGAAACGUUUGGAAAAAUUACGAAUAGAGUGCGCGUGAGUUUUUCUCAGGCGUCUCGCUUCCUGCUACCCUUCUUUCCUCUUCUGACUUAACUUUUGAGUUCCUUUACCUUUUGCUGAAUCCCAACGUUUACAAUAUUUGCAUCAGUGCAGUGAAAACCAGUGUCAAUAACCGAGUGUAUAUUAAAGCGGUUGUACAGUUGAGGAGUGUCGCUGGUAUACUAUGGGUAUAAUUUGGAGGUUCACAAUGCCAUUGUUGAGCACGCUGGCGGCCUUGGUGAUCAUCGUGCACUCCGCGGAGGAGGAGAUGAACCGAGGGUACAGGAGGGACCUGCGCCCUAGAGCCGUAGACACGGCCAGUUAUGAACAGCCUUGGAAGGCGAUUGACCACCCGCCACCCCAACCACCAGAACCAGUGCACCAGCCAACCCGCGCUGAAGGAUGGAUCGAGUCUCUCGAGUUCUUAAGGUCGGUAGAAGAGGUGCCGCCACGGCGAAGACCUGUUCGGAAACGAAAACGCCGGCCACUGCCUUAUCAAGACAUGGAACCACUCGAAAGACAUCAAGAAAGCAUACAAGCCGCGCAUACAGAGUUCCACGACCAAACAAUUGAUGCCCCGAGGAGAAGACGCAAAAGACCAGAACUCAUCAACUACCACUUAACAGAACAACCAGCACUAGCCGACGAUAGACCGCUACGAAGACGGGGCUUAAGAAAGAGACGACCUGAUUACGAUGAACAGAUAGCUGACCCCGGCCAAACUGAUUUUGAGCUAGUCGAAACCAAACUCGAACAUCCUCAAACAUUUCCUAAUAAAUAUAAGCAAUUCGAUUACGACUAUUUAGACACCGAACAUAAUACGGAGAUCCCAGAAGCAAACAUAAGAUUAGAACACGAUGUGACUGAUCGACCUUACAAUGUAAGAAAUGAAUAUGACAAUAAACAUGAAACAUCUUAUAAUAGACCAAACGGUUUUGAAGACAAAAACAAACAUACUAUUGGAGCAUCAGAAUCUGAAUCCAUAUCAUCAGUCGAAGAUAAUUCUGAUAUACAUACAAAAAUAACAGAAGAAGCUGCAAUGGAAAAACCAAGAGCACAGAGUACAGAAAAUGCUACAUCCAAUCCAGAUGAUAAUCCAAACAUUAUGGUUACGAUGAACAGACCAAAGGAAAGUGGAGUGAUUGACCCGAUUAUGCUGAAACAGCUUUUGAAGAGAUCAAAUGGAUCUAGUUUGAGCGAAAUGUUGCAACGACACAAUUUGUCAUUGACAGAUUUGUUGCAAGGCAGAAAUGAAGCAAUUUCAGUACUAAAUGCUGGCGCUAUGUACGAGCCUCAACAGUCUACUGAUAUUUCAUUGGAAAGUAACUCGAAACUCUAUGAAGAAGAAACCAAAUAUCCUACAAGAAGACGAACAACGUCAAAAGAAAACAUUGCACCGAAGGCGAAGGAAUCAACUUCAGAUGAAGAUACAAAGGGACAUAAAAUUGAUGGAAAUACUGAAAAUGAUGAACAAGUUGCUAAUAAGGACGCAACCGAAACAGAAAACCAAGAAUCAAAGCCAAGAAUAAGUACCAAACGACGUUUUCCUACCGGUAUUCGCAGAAAGCUAAGAAUGAGGCCAACGUUAAAUAGUACUCUUAAAGCUCAGUUAAGCAGAGAUUUAAUAGCCUUAAGUGCAAGAAAGUAUUCUAUUAAUAACAAGAACGUUACUAAAUCUAGAGAAUGGAAAGAUAUAGUUCCAAUGAUGCCUGACCGGAGUAAAACUGAUAAUAAUGAAAAUAGUAAAGACGAAGUCACGGAAACCGUACCAACAACUACAGAUGGUCUCGUUGAGACAACGACAUCUGAUUUGAAGAUUUCUAAUUCAUCCUACUCACUUUCUGGCGGAAAAAACGUUAGCAACGUGAAGGAUAACGAAGUUGAAAACGUCGCAACAACUACCACAGAAGCAACAACAACAAUUACCAUAGAAAUUAUGCCUGACGAAAUAAUGAGCGAAAUCGAAAAACCAAAGAUUACACCAAUCGUGAGGCCUACUGCCAACAACUCUACACUCAGACGCCAAGCAUUCAACAACAGAUUAAAACGAAAACGUCUCAAACAAAAAACUGCUAUAACAGAAGAUCCGUCGGACGAUUUGAUGAGGAAUUUCCUGGGAAUGGCCAAUUUGGUAUCAGCUUCACAAUUUAUAGAAAGGACUCAGAAACCGCAUACGACUCUCAAAAUGGAUAAUACGGAGUUUACGACGGACUUGGAAGAUUUUUUGACAACAGAGACACCGCCGGCAACCGUUGAUGGCGGAGUAAAAUCUACUUCGAGAUUUACGACUUCAACCACGCCUAGAAUUCUCGCACAGACAAGUAGUACAAGCACUACGGAACAAACAGCGAAAUUUGAAAUUCAGGAAAUAUUAAAUGAUAAAAUGACCAAAGAAAGACUAGCAAAAAUACUACGAGAGCGAAACAUGACUCUAAACGAGUUAGUUAAUCACAGAGAGCGGGGCUCAAGUCACGUGCACCUAGCCGACAUAUUCCACAACGCCUCCAAAGAACCCAACCCUCCUGAACCAUUCCUAACAAAAUCUUCUAUUGAGCCUAUAUCGAAGGAAACGUAUCCACUGCGCGCUAUCUUAGAAGCCAACACUUACGAAACAACAACUAGAUCCGUAUCGUCGCAGGCAGAACAAAAGAAUAUACUAAUUCCAGUGGUUAUGAACUUUGGGAAUAAUGUCAAUGAAAAUGGAGAAAGCAUGGGUAUCAUAUCGUUAUUUACCAAAAUGGCUGAAAAUGAAGUAACGAUAGAUAAAACUGAUAUAAAAAAGGAUUCAGACGGGACGCCGUAUGUAAGCUCGAUUAUAAGUGUGAAUGCCACGAACGGUAACGAUACAAAUAGGGAAAGCAGAACGAUGGGAGACAGUGAAGAUUGGAACGAACUACUGUCGUUUAUGAAGGCGCACAACAUUAGUACAUUUGAUGAGGACUUACAGGUCUUGGACAAAGGAAACACGGAAAAGGAAUCUCUAGAAAACUUGGAAGGAGACGGUCUGAUGAUCUUAGAAGACCUUCAGAACCUCGAAAACUUCCAAAAUGGCGUAGCAUCCGGUUCGGGAGAAAACGUAGAAAUAAGCAUACAGGAGAAAAGUGAGAAUUUAUCAGAAAAUCCAGGUAUUCUUAAUAAGUUACCCAACCAUACAAAGACAGUAGCUAUUGCUACAGCCAGUAUACUCGGUCUGGCGGCAAUACUCUUCUUAUUAACUUAUAUAACGUUUAAAUGGAAGCAGCAAAGAAAUAAGUUGAGAAAGAAGGAAAGCUUUUGCGAUGGACCGAUUCCUUCGCCAGUUUUUGAGAACAGAAAAGGUAAUAAAACUAAUUGCAGUAGCCGAAGUAUUAGUCCAAUGAUUUCAAAUACUAAUAUUUAUAUGAGCACUUUAGAGACUAAUAGCGGGAAGGAAUCGCCUGACUAUAUGUGGAACUCUCUGAGAAAACCAUUCCAGUAACGUUUUCUAAUAAGCAUAGACUGAAAUUGUAAGUUAUGUUUUAUAAUGAACCAUAAUCUUACAGAUGAUGCUUAAAAUAGUUUUAAAUUAAAUAGUGAGUGACCUGAUAUUAUUAGUAAGGGCUAUUGUAUAAUUCUUAAAAUUAAUUAAGAUUGGUGUUUUAAGUUAGAUUUGUACGUGCAUUUUUAUUUUUUAAGAAUUUAGAAUGUA